AAGUCCUCUUUCUCCUUCGCUCAAACCCUCGCCACCAUUCCCUCCGGGACAGCCGCCGCCAUGGCCACAGCCACUUCCGCUGCCGUCGCCUUCUCCGCAGGCGGCGCUGUCGCCGCCGCCGUCUCUCCCAAACCUACCCGCCGACCUCUCGCGCGCCAUCUUCCCGCCUCACGCCGCGCCCUGCCCGCCCCCAUCAGGUGCUCCGCGGUGUCCCCCGCAGCGCCCUCGCCCGCCCCUCCCGCCACCGCGCUCCGGCCAUGGGGCCCAUCCGAGCCCCGCAAGGGCGCCGACAUCCUCGUCGAGUCCCUCGAGCGCUGCGGCAUCACCGACGUCUUCGCCUACCCCGGCGGCGCGUCCAUGGAGAUCCACCAGGCGCUGACACGCUCGCCACUCAUCACCAACCACCUCUUCCGCCACGAGCAGGGAGAGGCGUUCGCGGCCUCGGGUUACGCCCGCGCGUCCGGCCGCGUCGGGGUCUGCGUCGCCACCUCCGGCCCGGGGGCCACCAACCUCGUCUCCGCGCUCGCCGACGCUCUUCUCGACUCCAUCCCGAUGGUCGCCAUCACGGGGCAGGUUCCCCGCCGCAUGAUCGGUACGGACGCAUUCCAAGAGACUCCAAUAGUGGAGGUCACCCGCUCCAUCACCAAGCACAACUACCUGGUCCUUGAUGUGGAGGACAUCCCCCGCGUCGUGCAGGAAGCUUUCUUCCUUGCGUCCUCUGGUCGUCCAGGGCCGGUGCUGGUCGACAUCCCCAAGGACAUCCAACAGCAGAUGGCUGUGCCUGUCUGGGACACGCCUAUGAGUUUGCCAGGGUACAUUGCCCGCCUGCCCAAGCCGCCAGCUACCGAUUUGCUUGAACAGGUUCUGCGUCUGGUUGGUGAGGCACGGCGCCCAGUUCUUUAUGUUGGUGGUGGCUGCUCUGCAUCUGGUGAUGAGUUGCGCCGCUUUGUUGAGCUUACUGGAAUCCCAGUUACAACUACUCUGAUGGGCCUUGGCAACUUUCCCAGUGACGACCCUCUGUCUCUGCGCAUGCUUGGGAUGCACGGGACAGUGUAUGCAAAUUAUGCAGUAGACAAGGCUGACCUGUUGCUUGCCUUUGGUGUACGGUUUGAUGAUCGUGUGACUGGAAAGAUUGAGGCUUUUGCAAGCAGGUCGAAGAUUGUGCACAUUGACAUUGAUCCUGCUGAGAUUGGCAAGAACAAGCAGCCGCAUGUCUCCAUUUGUGCAGAUGUUAAGCUUGCUUUGCAGGGCUUGAAUGCUCUGCUAGAUGGGAGCAAAGCACAGAAGAGUUUAGAUUUUGGUUCGUGGCACAAUGAGUUGGAGCAGCAGAAGAGAGAGUUCCCACUGGCAUACAAGACUUUUGGUGAAGCGAUCCCACCGCAAUAUGCUAUCCAAGUACUGGAUGAGCUGACAAAAGGCGAGGCAAUCAUUGCCACUGGUGUUGGGCAGCACCAGAUGUGGGCGGCUCAGUAUUACACUUACAAGCGUCCACGGCAGUGGCUAUCUUCAGCUGGUCUGGGGGCAAUGGGAUUUGGGUUGCCAGCUGCAGCUGGCGCUGCUGUGGCCAACCCAGGUGUCACGGUUGUUGACAUUGAUGGGGAUGGUAGCUUCCUAAUGAACAUUCAGGAGUUAGCGCUGAUUCGCAUUGAGAACCUCCCAGUGAAGGUGAUGAUAUUGAACAACCAGCAUCUGGGAAUGGUGGUGCAGUGGGAGGACAGGUUUUACAAGGCCAAUCGUGCUCACACAUACCUUGGCAACCCAGAAGAUGAGAGCGAGAUAUAUCCAGAUUUUGUGACAAUUGCUAAAGGAUUCAAUGUUCCAGCAGUUCGAGUAACAAAGAAGAGUGACGUCCGAGCUGCAAUCAAGAAGAUGCUUGAGACCCCAGGGCCAUACUUGUUGGAUGUCAUCGUCCCGCACCAGGAGCAUGUGCUGCCUAUGAUCCCAAGUGGUGGUGCUUUUAAGGACAUGAUCAUGGAUGGUGAUGGCAGGACUACAUAUUAAUCUAAAUUUUGCCACCCCUGAUCCACAAGUGUGGUAUGCCUGAUAAGCAUGAUGUCGUUGUCUGUUGUAUCAACUACUAGGUUAUCACCCAUGAACCAUGCAGUUUGCUUCUUUGAUGAGUUUGUUAUGGUAAUCUUAUUUAGCUCUGAACCUUCUAGUCUUGUAGAGUAUGCUGUGUCUUCGUAGUCAGGUAUGCUGUCAUAAGAGAUCAUGCCAGUUUCUUGUCAUAAAUAUCAAUAAUAAGUACUUCCAUGGAUACUUCUCAUUUC